GGCCUUCUCUCACCACCUCCCCACCCUCCCUCUGCGCCUCCUACCCUCCCUCUCCCCCUCCCUCUCCUCGCUCGGGCUCUUCUCCUCCUCUUUCCCCUCCCCCGGCCCCUGCCUGUCUCCUUUUCCCCUUCCAUCCGUCUUCAAGGGAGCACCCGCCUGGUUCCCCUCCUGGGACACACCCGGCGCUCCUCAAGCUUGGGGACAGGUCAUUUCCAGAGCCUCGAGCCGCUCCUGACCUCCAGGGUGCAUGAGUGUCUGUGGAGGGCGAACUGGAGGAGGUGGUUUAGAGAGCGGGAGAGAUAACCAGCUGGCAGGCUCGCGGGUCAGGGAGGAACUGUGUGUGCGUGUGCGAGCACAGGCCUGUGCCAGAGUCCGUAGCCAGGAUGGAGGUGAUCGUGAACUUGUACCAGGAGAUGAUGAAGCAUGCAGAUCCUCGGCUCCAGGGCUACCCUCUGAUGGGGUCCCCCCUGCUAAUGACCUCCAUCCUCCUGACCUACGUGUACUUCGUUCUCUCACUUGGGCCGCGCAUCAUGGCCAAUCGGAAGCCCUUCCAGCUCCGGGGCUUCAUGAUUGUCUACAACUUCUCACUGGUGGCGCUCUCCCUCUACAUUGUCUAUGAGUUCUUGAUGUCUGGCUGGUUGAGUACCUACACCUGGCGCUGCGAUCCUGUAGACUAUUCCAACAGCCCGGAGGCACUAAGGAUGGUUCGAGUGGCCUGGCUCUUCCUCUUCUCCAAGUUCAUCGAGCUGAUGGACACAGUGAUCUUUAUUCUCCGGAAAAAAGAUGGACAGGUGACCUUCCUCCAUGUCUUCCACCACUCCGUGCUUCCCUGGAGCUGGUGGUGGGGAGUAAAGAUUGCUCCGGGAGGAAUGGGCUCUUUCCAUGCCAUGAUCAACUCCUCGGUGCAUGUCGUCAUGUACCUGUACUACGGGUUGUCCGCCCUGGGCCCUGUGGCUCAGCCCUACCUGUGGUGGAAAAAGCACAUGACAGCCAUCCAGCUGAUCCAGUUCGUGCUGGUGUCGCUGCACAUCUCCCAGUACUACUUCAUGCCUAGCUGUGACUACCAGUACCCAGUCAUCAUCCACCUCAUCUGGAUGUACGGCACCAUCUUCUUUGUCCUCUUCUCCAACUUCUGGUAUCACUCCUAUACCAAAGGCAAGCGGCUGCCCCGUGUACUUCAGCAAAACGGAGCUCCAGGUACCGCCAAAGUCAAGGCCAACUGAGAAACGUGGCCUAGCUAGGUGCCCACCUAAGUGCCUCAGGACUGCACCUUGGGCAGCAUCUGACGUCCUCCCCGCCUACACCGGUGACCUGUGACCAGGGCCCUGUGUGGUCAGGACUGAGCAGGGGACAGGCCCUCCCCUCCCCACAGCUGGCACACAGGGACCAUGGCUUCCGUCGCUCACCCGCUUCUCCCGGCCAGCUCCGAGGACACGGCCGCACCGCCCUCUGCCACUCCAGAGCCGGGGGCUCAAGGGCUGGACACUCAUCUUCCCCUCCAGGCCUUAAACUUGGGAGGGGAACACUCAGGACUGGCCCCCACCAGGGUCUUAUGGCCUUUUUCCUCACACUGAAGAGGUCAGCAAUAAUCUGUCACUCUGGACCCAUGACCCCUCCUUCUCUAGCCCACACUGAAGCAGAAGCUUCUUGACCAAAGGUCAGAGUGGGUGGGGGGCCUGGGACUACAGCCUGUGGAGGCUGCUCACUCACUUAGGUCUUCAUUAAAAGUGACAGAGGAAACCA